CACCAGGUCACGUGAUUUGAGGGGGAAAAAAACAUGGCCGCUCAGACACACAGCACAAGUUUGGCAGCUAAGCAGGAUUGUAUUCUUGAGCCGCUUUGUUUCCCCGAGCACCUGUGUGGUAUCGCUUCUCUCACCUCCUCCAGCGAUGGCCAUCCGGUGACCUGUGCUCUCUGCUCAGACUCUUUUCCCACUUCCGUAAAAGAGCAGCUUCUCAAGCACAUGGUGUUGGAUCACAAACUGGUUAUCGCUGAUGUCAAACUCAUCGCUGACUUUCCACGGUACAUGUUGUACUGGAAGAAACGCUUUACAGAACAGCCCAUCACAGACUUCUGCAGUGUUAUCAAGACCAACUCUGAAGGUCCUGUAGAACAACAAGAGCACUACUUCCUAUUGUGUGAUGCUCUGCCAGAGGACAGGAUCCUUAGGGAGCAGCUACAACAGAGACGACUGGAGGAAGUUCUGGAUCAGCAGCAGAAAGAGCGGGACGAUACAAUGUUUCAUCGCGCAUGUAUGUUCUGCAGUGAGGAGUUUACUGGAAACAGGUCUUCACUGCUGAAUCACAUGGCUAAAGAACACUCUUUUAGCAUCGGUCUGCCUGACAACAUCGUCUACUGCAACAAGUUCCUCGACACUCUGGAGUGGAAACUGGAGAACAUGCAGUGUCUGUACUGUGAGAAAACAUUCAGGGACAAAACCACUUUGAAAGAUCACAUGAGGAAAAAGCAGCAUCGACGAAUAAACGCCAGAAACCACGACUACGAUCGCUUCUAUGUCAUCAAUUACCUGGAGUUGGGGAAGACAUGGGAGGAGGUGCAGUCUGAGGAUGACAGGGAGCUCUUUGAGGAUGAAGAUGAUGAUUGGUCAGAUUGGCAGGCUCAUCCUGUGUGUGCCGUGUGUCUGUUUUGUGAGCAGCAAGCAGAAACAAUGGAGAAAAUGUACACACACAUGGAGGAAACUCAUGAAUUUGACCUGCACAAAUUAAAAACAGACUUAAGCCUGAAGUUUUACCAGCAAGUGAAACUAGUGAAUUACAUCCGCCGUGAGCUUCACCAGUGCCGAUGCUACUGCUGUCAGGAGAGGUUUGAAACCAAGGAGGAACUAGUGCAACACCUGGGUAACACAGGUCACGUGAUGCAGCUGCCUGAGGUCUCGCACUGGGACCAACCACAGUACUCUUAUACUGUAAAAAAAAAAAACGCUCUUCUUACAGCUCUGUCAGACAGCGAGAGCGAACAUGAGGGUCCAAAUCCCAGCUCUGAAGUUCCCGUUAUUGCUGAAGACAUUUCAAACCUCAAAGUUAUAAAACAGACCAGCGUGCUUAAUAAACUGCUCAAAGACAGAGGCGGCUCUAACUGAAGAUAUGGGACACCCAGAGAAUUAUGCUCAAAUUAUGCGUCUAUUGCAGAAUAUGUUGAGAUUAAUGAUGUGACUAUUCCUUUCUAUUCAUGUGGGUUUACAGUAUAUUGACAGUGCUCACAUUGUGAAAAAGCAGUCAAAUAAACUUUAUUUAUUUA